CCGUUUCCUGUUGCAAGAGCUGUUGCCGUUGUCCCUUGUUGCUACCCGUCCGUACUGUGCGAACUGCUCUCCUGCUCAGAAAUGGCUGAAGCUCCCCAACGGCCCUGCCGGUUUUUUUGUCACCGGUGUUCAGCAGAGAUUAGUCCGCGUUUACCGGACUACACGUGUCCACGCUGUGAAUCUGGUUUUAUUGAGGAACUGCCUGAAGAAAGAAGUGCUGAAAAUGGGUCUGCCUCUACUUCCUCUUCCAGUGAUCAGUUCCGCCCAGUCUUGGAGAACAUGGAUCACCAGCACUUAUUCACAUUUCCCCCGGGUUAUGGUCCGUUCGCCCUUGGGAUUUUUGAUGAAAACUUUGACCUUCGGUUGCGGCUACCCACAGAGGACAACCGAGAGACGGAAAACAGGAGAGAGCGGGAAAUGGCAUCGCGGCAAAGAUACGGUGCACGGCAACCACGGGGUCGGCAUGUUCCUCGGCGACAGGGUACGCGACACGAAGGAGUGCCCACAUUAGAGGGAAUUAUCCAGCAGCUAGUAAAUGGAAUUAUAGCACCUACAGCCAUGCCAAAUAUUGGGAUGGGACCUUGGGGUAUGCUACAUUCCAAUCCAAUGGACUAUGCCUGGGGUGCCAAUGGGCUCGAUGCUAUCAUUACGCAGUUAUUAAACCAGUUUGAAAACACGGGUCCCCCUCCUGCAGACAGAGAGAGGAUAAAGAAUUUACCCACGAUUUCCAUCACCGAGGAGCACGUCAGUGCUGGUUUAGAGUGUCCCGUGUGCAAAGAAGACUACAGUGUUGACGAGAGUGUUAGGCAGCUACCCUGCAAUCAUUUGUUUCACAAUGACUGUAUAGUACCGUGGCUGGAACAGCAUGAUACGUGUCCCGUGUGCAGGAAGAGUCUUAGUGGACAAAACACAGCCACAGACCCGCCGGGGUUAUCGAGAAUGAACUUCUCCCCCUCUUCCUCCUCCUCUUCCUCCCCAAGCUCACCUAGCAAUGAAAAUGCUGCCAGUAACUCCUAGAUUUUCACUGUUUCACAAGAGAAAACAUGAAACCGUUCUUAGACCCAGCAGCGCCUCUCUGCAGCUGAAACCAGGACAUUUUUCUGUCUCAGGUGAACGGGACAGUGAGACGAGGUGAACUCAAAUUUUAGGAUUUUUUUUGUUUUGUUUUUUUUCUCCCUCCUUCUGUGCUGAAGGGAUAUUGGGACCAGCUCCCGCUGCUACUGUUACAGAGUGUUUGAGGAGGUGGGACUCGAUGGUGAAUAUGAUGACGAUAAUAAUAACAGUCCACUUAUGAGUGGGAUUCUUACAAGACCCGGAGCAGAAUUGAAGCCAGAUUGGACUGCUUUUUGAUGAAAACAUGUCCUUGCGGCAGUGCUUGGACACAUUUUAUAUUUAAAAGACAAGAUGCUCUUUUUUUAAAAACAUUGCCUGUGGUGGUGGAGACCGUAGAUGUGUAGAUAGAGAAUUCAUUUUUGAACUAUGAGCCACUGUACAGUGAAUGGAUCAAACUAAGACCUUGUGGGAAGGAGACUGAGUGUGCAUCUGAUUUUUAUUUAUUUGCACAGUUUUUCUUUUUUUUUUUUUUUUUUUUUUGGCACAAAAUCUCAUGUUGGGAUGUGAAUGUGAGUAAACUACUGAACAAAAACAAGCAACAUUUCAACCUUUUGAAUUGAAUAAAUCUUUGAAGAUGU